AUGUCUGAAGAAGAAAAGCUUAUUAACAUGUUUCCAUCAGCACCCAGAGAUAAAGUAGUCAAUCUUCUCCAUAGAAAAGGUUUCGAAAAAGCAAAAAAACAACUUGAAACAGAAUAUAAAUUAGUAAAACCUCUAACACCAGAAGAACAAUUCGAAGCACUUUGCACGAAAUUCCCAAACAUAUCAAGAAUACAUAUCGAAGAAAUAUAUAAAGAAAAUAUGCAAGGUAUACAAGAGACAGAAAAACAAUUAAAUGAAGAAAUUAAGAAGAAAAAGCAGCAAGAUAAAACUCCUGAUGUAGAAACUCACAGAUAUAAAUACGAUUUUCAUGCUCAAUCAAAAGCUCAAGCAGUAGAAGAAUUCAAUCGAUUCUUACAGUGUGCUAUAGAACAGAACUUACCAUAUGAUACAGAAUAUGAACUUAUUGUCGGAAAAGGCCUACAUUCGAUAAAUAAUUUUCCAGUAAUUAAAACUACAAUUCUAGAACUUUGCGAAACUCGAGGCAUCAAAGCUGAAGUGGUGAAAGAAAACACCGGUGUUGUUCGCGUAUGGCCUUUCCAAAAAAGUCACAAUUAA